CAGUUUUGUUUCCAAUGCUCUCAUAAUUCGCUCUUCACGCUGUUGUUCGCGGUAAACAGCAGCAGCCUUUAAAUAAAAACAAUAAAUAAAACAAAAAAAUAAAACGCAGUUUUUUAAUAAAUUGAUUUAAAGGACUAGCCAACAUGUUGCGUCAACUAAUUACAACUGUGGGUCGUCGCACACUGACUCCCCUCCUAGCGCGCACACAACGUUUUUCAGCCGGCGCUGCUGGUGGGGAUGGUAAAGACGGCAAGCAAGAUGUUGUUAAUCAUGCCGAUGUUCCCAUCAUUGACUACGAGGAUCCCGAUUACCUACCCCUACCAGAAUAUCCAUUUAGACCGGAUGAACCAUUGGAUGUUAAGAAACAAAGAUUGGUAUACCAGUCACGUAAGCGCGGCAUGUUGGAAAAUGAUUUACUUUUGAGUACAUUUGUGGCUAAGCACCUUAAGGACUUAAAUGCCGAGCUCACCGAACAAUAUGAUCGUCUCAUUAAUGGUGUCACCAACGACUGGGAUAUUUACUAUUGGGCCACAGAGAACAAACCAACUCCACCUGAGUAUCAGAACGAAAUAAUGAAUAUGUUAAAGGAACAUGUGGCAAAUGCCCAGCGGGAGAAACGUUUGAGGCAACCAAAUUUGUAAUGCAGUGAAAUUUGUCUCCUGUUAUUUUUAUAGAUCAACAAUGAAAUAUGUUUUUUUUCAACACGUGUGUCAUUGGUCAUUUGUAGCACAGGUGACAAUUUGUACUUAUGAUUAGUAGUUUGUGAUGUUAGAUUAUAAUUGUUUGAAUAACCUAUAAAAGUGUUAAUUUAA